ACAUUGAAAGAAAAUACGGAGCGUCGUUGUGAUCUGGAGCAGCGCGAUAGCAGAUGCCCCAGUAAAAAGAACAGCGAAACACAAACGUCACCGAAAGAAGAGCGGCGAUCGGGUAGCAUGCGUAGCUUAUCACAGGCUUUUUUUGCUCAGGUAUUCUUUCCAUCCUUGAAAUCCAGUGGUUUUUUUCAGAAACUUGCAUUCUGA